UAUCUCUCUCCACAGCAGCAGCAGCAGCAGCAGCUGCAGACUCACACUGAUCUGAUCUCUGAGUUUGUGUCCAGGAAAAUAUACCGCGGAGCCACGUUAACACACUUUGUUUCAUUAUAUAACCAGCGACAGACAAAACUGCAGUGGAGUUGACUCAGGGAUGUCCUGCACGCUGAACAUGAACACCUUACUCCCCCACAGAGCCCUGUAACCAAUGGCAACUUCAAUCCAGACUCUUCCUCUGACCCGUGGCCCCAACAAAAACUUCCGCAACCCUUUCACGGCCCCGCCCCUCUCCUCCCGUUGUGGCAUGGGAAGUGUUGGCAGCCUGGUGGAGAGGCCAGAUGUGUCUCCAUCUAAAGGCAGCCGUGCAGCUGUGCCCCAGGUGAGACCUAAACACACCAGCGGCCUCCUGAAGAAAGGCUUUACCCAGAGAGAGCUUCUCAACUACCUCAACAUCACCAGAAAGGAGCCUAAAGCAAACCCAGGCAGUGAUGGCCAGAAGGAUGGUGCCUCUGGUCUGAGCUCUGUCAGUGGCCAUGAAGAGGACAACAUGUACACUAAGGUCUACCAUAAAGACGGCACGGAGGUUGACCUGACAAAGAACUCAUUGCCAAGUGGGGGCAAGUAUGAAAAGGCUCGAUUCAGAUCGUCCGCCUUUAAACCCGUCACCCCCAAAAACUUCAGCUCUAUGCAGAACCUCUAUCCUUCUUCCAAGUCGGAGGAUGUGGACCAUGGUCUUUCCAACGGGCUGCACAGAGCAUAUGCCCAUGUCCCUAAAGCGGUCUCCACCUCCUCUUCUUCUUCCUCGCCCUCUCGUCAUGGAGCACAGACAUCCAGUGGUAACAAGGCUCCCUCCUCGAUGCGUGGGAUGAGCCAGGAGGAUGAUAACCUGUCAGACUCGGGUCAUAACUCUAUGAGCAGCCUGCCGCCGUACCGUCCUCCCUUCCGCCCACACCUGGCUCACAUCAGUGCAUCGAUGGGCCACAUCAACACCAUAGGCUCACUGGAUCGUACCUCGCUGGGUCAGAAGGCUAUAGGGUCAGAGGGUGUGGCUAUAGGGGAAAUGGCGUGUCGGAGCAUGGCAACCCUGAGUCGUCUGACUCCAUAUGGAGGGGAGGCUCCGCCUCCUUAUGAAUGGACACUCUCUCUGUCUGUAGAGGAAGUGGUGCGUGAUCUGGAGGAGCGUCUGGUGGAGAAAGAGCAUGAGCUAAAACAGAUGAAGAGAAACCUGGAUGAGAGCGAGGGCGCUAUCGUUCAGGUCUUUGAAGGGAAACAGCGUCUGUGGGAGCAAGAGGUGGAGGAGCUAAAGCGCCUGUAUGCAGCCAAGCUGCGCCAGGUUUCCCAGCAUGCCCAGCGUUCCCAGCGCAGCCUGCAGUUGCAGUUGUUCAAGGCCCAGCAGGAGAAGACUCGCCUGCAGGAGGAGCUCGACGGCCUGAAGAAGGAGAAGAGUCAGGAGGAUGGAGCGACAGCAAAGCGAACCAGCCCAACGCUGGAGGAGACGCAGUGGGAGGUUUGCCAAAAGUCGGGGGAGAUUUCCCUGCUGAAGCAGCAGCUGAGAGACUCCCAGGCCGAAGUGACCCAGAAGCUGAGUGAGAUCUUCCAGCUGAAGACGCAGCUCAGGGAGACUCGCAUGGAGCUGCGCAGCAAGGAGAACCAGAUAGAUGCACUGAAGCUCGUCAUGCAAGGGACGCAGCGUCACAGAUCUCCGUCUCAGAAUGCACGAGAGGAUGGAAAAGGAGCUGAGGAGAUUACGUCCACUGGGGCAACAGGAGGGUGUGCGGGGCCCACAGAGGAGCGGCUGCGUGCAGAGCUGCUGCUGGAGCGGCGCCAGAGCGAGGCCCAGGCCAUGGCCUUUGAGGAGGAGAGGCACACAUGGCAGACAGAAAAGGACAAGGUCAUCCGCUACCAGAAGGAGCUGCAGGCCAGCUACUUAGAGAUGUACCGCCGCAAUGAAUUGUUGGAGAGGGAACUGCACCAGCUGAACGCAGGCAGAGAGCGAGGGGCAGGAGGUGGUGGUGGUGGUGGAGGGAGCAGAAAUGGGACUUUGGAAAGAGAAGUGCCAGAGUUGAGGAGUGAGAGAGCUGGUGAAAAACAAGAGGACAGACCUUCCUCUGGUCUGCCGUGGAUAGAGAGGAUCGAAUCAUCUGAAAUUUGAAUGUGUCCAACUUGUUUGCAAUGCAAACUAUUUUCUCCUUGACGUUUGGCAGCUAUGGAAGACAGCGUCUGCAAGGAAAACUUUACGGAGUCAAAAUGAGAAAAGUAACCCUUUGAUUGUGUGAUGCACAGUCAAUGUUUAAAAUGAUGUUAGUGUAAAUCACAUUGUACUUGCAGAGAAACGAGCAUGUGAUGCCAAAUAAAAGUUUACCGCCCGCUAAAAGAAAAUGAUUGAUGGUAAUAAAUAUUGAUAAAUGACAAGGGAAUAUACAGUACUGUGCAUUUACAUUUGUUGUUUUUGCAAUGCCAUAAGUCACAUAGAGAUUAAUUAUGUUGGAUAUUAAUUGGAACACAUCCAGAAAAUACUUAGUGUGACUUCCUCUCACUCUAGAACAAUAGCAUGACUCUGGCUUUCCUAAAACUGGAGUGGAUCCUUAAUUAAUAUUACUGCUAAAACCUGUUUGUCCUACUAUUUCAUGUCAAACAAUAUCUGCCGUGACACCAGGAUUAUUUAAGACAUGCUUGAGCACUAACAUGCACAUGUCGCAUGAGUUUAACUCAUUGACAGUUUGCUAAUAUAGAUUCAUUCUAAUCCAAAUGUCAAUGAUCACAGUAUUUGACAGUUUUGCACUGUACUGUAUCUCAAUUUUUAACAAGUAAAUAAAAAAUAAUGAGGGAAUUGUUUUGACAACUUCAAUUUUGACUUCGAUUUUACAUCUUUUCUUGGCAGAUGUGGGGCUUCCAUAGAUUCUGCCACUCUCUGCCCAUGCAGUUGUUUAUUUUUUUAAUGCCAUUAUUCUGCAAAGACUGGUCCCAUAAGCUUGUACAGAAACACAGAGAAACUGUCCUUGGCCGUAGAGCCAACAACCUCAACCGUCCUGCUCAAGACUUCCGCCCAACCAUAGAUCUGUAAAUGAAGAAAUUGAUAUUUCAAUUGUGAUGGUUUUGUGUCACUUUUGGUUGUUAAAUUCUGGUCUGGUCUGCUGUAUAAAUGGUCCAAAGGAGUCGACUGUGGCCUGGGAGAAUCUCUGCCCGUGUGUGCAGAUGGUUCUGUAUCUUUGGGAGGAUUAAAGCUAACUGGUGCCAUGGUACUGUUACUAAUUAUUUGCCACAAAGAAAAGAAGAGGAAAUGUUGGACUUAUUUUGCCACUUUCCUGUCGGGUGAUACCAGUAUAUUUUGUACAUAGUUCUUCUAUUGAUUGGCCUUCUGUCACUGUUGUCUUAAAUGGGCGCACUUCCAUGUCUUUUGAUUGCAAUGAAACCAUCAGCAGAUGCACACGAUGAAUGAGGCUGCUCUUCUUAUUGGCGUGAUUUUGUCCCCAACCAGUAAAUGCAUGACAUAGGUGGAGUUGCUCUAUCGUAUUGUUUAUUAUUAAUAUAUGAACAAUAAUAAUAAUAAAUAACAUAAACAGCCCUCAAUUGCCACUUCAAUAUACUGUGACUGAACUGGAAUGAAACUGUACAUAAUGUUUGUUUUGGAUUCAUAAUAAACAUUUAUGAUGUGGUGUAACGAGAGUUAAGUUGGUGCGUGGCUCAAAACUAUUUAGGAAUAUUUUUUCUGUCUGUUGUAGAAUGUAACUGCUAGGGUGUAACUGAUGGCAUUCACCCUCUCUGAUGCCUGUCUGCUCUGAAGGGGCUUAAAAUCUCCACAAACCGUGCCAAUAAAACCCAAGGAGAGGAGCUUUAUGACAGAGGGAACAAGAGCAACAGAGGCUUUGGGGACUAAUGUGGCUUUUAGAGGUUUAGCCUUGGAUCCUUAUCUCUGCCUCUCCCUGCUCUACCCCGUCCAGCUCUUACAUACCACCUCCUGCAGCAUGGACAGCAGUGGGGUGGGAGCUCCACUGAGAUGAAGGUUAAGAAAAUAAACACUUCUAUGGAAACCAUUGUACUGCAUGUACACAGAGCCAAUGAUAUCUUGGCAGGAAUAGAGAUUGAGAUUUAAAGCCGUGUCAAAUGUGUUGUGUUUAUGGGAAUGUUUGGUAUAAGUGAGACCAGACACUGUUCAUGGAAAAAAAGUGUGAAGAUUUGAGAAAACAGCACGAGCUGUGGUUUUUAGGAUUUGUUUAUCUGAAUUGUUAUGAACUGUGUCUGACUCACAAGUCCUUUACUUGUAUAUGAACAUUAUAAUAUAAACUAGGGCUUAAUAUAACUGCACUCCUCAGGAGAGGUUGAAUGACUUACUGAAGUGGGAUGAGAAAGAUUCUUGCCCGACACGUUAUCGUCAUUCUGUAGGAGGAUUGCAGCUGAAUGCCAUCAGCGAGAAUGCUGUUUUAUCUGAUGAACUGAUUAAGUAAUAGAGAAUAUUUUAUAGCAGAAAAUGUGAAAUGAAACCUCCAAAAUGAGAUGUUAAGAGCCUUCAAGGCAAAGAAGUGUUUAGUGUUAUAAAUGUAGCACUGACGCCACCAUGUGGCGAUCACAAGAAGUCAGUUCCACCACAAAACAAACCAGUACAUGCAUGGAGUAUAAUUUUUUAUUUGAACUUUCAGAUGCAGAAAUAUGAAACAUGUUAUCGGAUAAAUAUUUACAAUAAAGGCUGCGUUAACACACAAAAGCAGGGGAAUGCAAACAUUCAACUAAAGUAAUCCAACUGAAGUACAGAGCGCUAUCAGUCUAACCAAAGGAACACUCAAAAGAAGCAAUGAAUGAUUGUCAACCAAAGAAAGAAAGUACGGAGGAAAUUCCAAACAAAAAACAUGUACUUCAACCAAACUGAAACCCAAAGAGACGUUAAACUCUUAAACUCUGACUUCAAACCAAGUGUUAGCUUAUAAGAGUUAGUGUGAGUUAUGCUGGUGCAGUGCUUGUUGAAUGAAUUUGCCUCACUAGAGCGUGAGGUGACAUCACCAUUUUCAAAAGGACACCAGAAACCUGCACUGUUACUAUUUUCGCCUGGAUGUACCAUGUUGUACAUUCAAACGCAGUGCUUAUAACACACUUUUGACCAGUUGAAUACAUUAUACAAACUCCCGUAUCACCCAAACUAUGAGCCUCAAUAAGUAAAAUGUGUGUAAUCUUUAAGAGUCCUUCUUGAAUGUACAGCGUAAAGCUAAAUGUGAGGUGUGGUAUGAAUGGUUACAAUGAGCCCUGAGGAAAUGUAUAGAUUCUAAUGUUUCUUUUCUGACUCCAUCUUGAAUAAAAGACAAACCUUCUCA